AUGACUAAUAUUCCUACUAUAGAUAUUUCUCCGUUAUUGUUUCAAUCUGAUGAACAAUCAAAAAUAGAUAUAUCAAAAUCAAUUCGACAUGCUUGUGAAACAGUUGGAUUUUUUCAAAUAAUUGGUCAUGGAAUUGAUAAAGAUUUAAUAGAUAAUAUGGUUAACGAAGCUCAACGUUUCUUUCAACAAUCAUCAGAAGAAAAACAAGAUUAUGCUGUACAUAAAUGGAAUCGAUUAAAUUCGAAUACAUAUCGUGGUUAUUUUCCAUCAUCAAUAAAUGGAAAAGAAGGAUUAGAUUUAUGUUCACCAUAUAUGAAUUGUGAACAUAAACUUGUUAAAAAAGGUGAUCCAUUACAUGAAUUAAAUAAAUGGAAAAUAAAUGAAAUAUUAAUCAAAUAUUGGGAUGAAAUGUGGCGUAUUGGUAUUGAAUUAUUACGUGCAAUAGCUCGUGCAUUCGAUUUGGAUGUUUUCUAUUUUGAUAAAUUUCUCGAUGAUCGUUCAACGGGUGGUGCUGGAACAAUUUCAACUUUUCGACUUAAUUUUUAUCCACAAAUAGAAAAUGCAACUCCUGUAUCAAUAGGUGUUGAUGAUGGUGAACCAUUAUCAUGUGAAGAACAUUGUGAUGGAUGUUUAUUUACUAUUCUUUAUCAACAUGAAAUUGGUGGAUUACAAAUUGAAAUAGAAAAUGGUAAAUGGAUGGAUGUACCAGUUAUACCAUAUGCAUUUGUUAUUAAUACUGGUAAAUGUUUAGAAAGAUGGACAAAUGGAUGUUUAAAAGCUGUCAAACAUCGAGUUAAAUUAUUGAAACAAGAACGUCUUUCAAUUCCAUUCUUUUUAGAACCAUCAUAUUCAACACCAAUUAUACCAUUACCAACAAUAAAUUGUACGCACAAAUAUGAUCCAAUAACUUAUGGACAAUAUAUUACAGAGAGUAAUAAAAAAUUUAAAGAAUAUCAACGUGAUGAAAAUGAUUCGUCUUAA